UUACAAUCAAAACCAACGUUUCCGUCACCGCUUGGGCUCUUCUCGGGAUAGACGGUUGAAGACGUGAUUUGCUCAGUUGGUCGUUCUGGUUUCAAUUUCUCUGAUUUACAGGGUACAUCUUGCCUCUGGAAACAGAAUGCGAUGUGCCAAAGCUCAUCUCUAACCUAGGACUCUCAGCAAUCCGCAGAAAGAACUUAGCAGAGUCAUUCUGGAGUCAUUCUCUAUUUGGAUUUGUGGGAUCUUAGUAGAGUAUCCGCUGAUGAUGGUUCGACGAGGUUUGACAUCUUCUAACGCUUGGCGUUACAGGAGAUGUUUGACUUGCUGCCUCUGAUAUACGUCUCUGUUUCCCUUGACCUUCACUUCUGCUUGCAGAAAUUCAAAGAUAUUACCGUCCAGGCCCAUCUAGCUAUCCUUAUGCCUAAAUUUAUGCCAUAUCGGUCCAAAUUCAACGUCUCUACAUUACAGGUAAACGCGACAAUGAAGGAUCACAGCGAAUACGAUGCGCUCCGGAACGUUGAUGGGCACUCUGAAUCCAGCACCGAAGUCGAAGAAUGGGACCCAGAGAACGAAGUGCGGUCUCGACGGAGAAGGACAGGAGUCUGGGGAAUUGUGAGGAGGUAUCGGUGGAUGAUCGAUACCGCCCUGUUGCUCGUAAUAUUUGGCUUACUGGCAGAGAAGAGGUGGAAGAAGCAUACCCAGCAAAGGAGCCAUCGUUUUGAAUUCACAGGAGAUCUGACCGGGUUUGCCCCAAGAUUUUCUCAGCAGAUUGUGACUUUUAAGCCAGAUAACCGCUUCGCACCAAAGAACGUGUCUGCAUUUUGGGAUUUAGAGACUCAGAAUGCUUGGUUGAGCAUAGUGCCGAAGGGACUCGGAUAUGUUCUGGUAAAGAACCAGACCAAGUAUGAUAACCUCCCCACACCGAUCAUUAAUUACCCCAACCAAACUGUCUUCACCACCUCGAUGACCCACCAACUGCAUUGUCUAUACUCAAUCCUCGACGCCUACUCUACUCUCUAUACCGCGGCUUUCUCACCUGGAUUCUCUAAUCCCAUCGAGCCUUGGCAUAUGAACCAUUGCUUUGACUACUUACGACAGAGUAUAAUGUGCGCAGGGGAUGUAGCAUUAGAAGGAGCGGAGACCACCUUCCCACCAGAUCCGGAGACAGGGGAGAGAGGCGGUAGUGAUGGGUGGGAUGCAAAGCAUGUGUGUAAGGACUAUGGGCAGAUUCUUGACCAUCUAGAAAGGGAGACAAUUGGUGAGGAGAAGUGGAUUUGAGGUACAAUAGAGAAACCAACGAAUAGAAGCGAGGCUU